ACACGAGAACACCCCCCCUCCUCCCUCCCCCCCACACCUGCCUGUUGUAGUUACACUCCCCGCCAGGUACCGGAGUGCGGAACGCGGAACGCAGGCGAUCCGCCCGUUCUUGAUUUCCUUGCACCGGAGGAGGCCUUUAAAGCCAUCGAUUACUUUAGAUUCACACGGAGGGGGAGAGAGAGAGAGAGAGGAAAGGAGAAGAGAUUUUUUUUUUAAAACAACUAAAAAAAAUGUUUCUCCUCACGGCGCUCUGCGUCCUCGCCGCGUCUCGAGCUGGAUUCGUCUCUUCGCUCACGCUGACCACAAGCAACUCGAAGGUCAAGGCGCAAGAAGGCAGCGGGGCGGUACUGUCGUGUUCCUACACUGGCAAUCCCGAGAUCGUCUGGAAGAAAGUGAAGUCAACCGGCACCGUCUUGGUGUGGAAGAACGGCUUCCUCAAUGACCUCAAGGACCGGGCGACCAUCACGGGUGCCGACAUCAGCAUCAGCAAGACGGUGCGCACGGACAACGCGCUCUACCGCUGCGAGGCCACGGAGGGCACCGAGUUCCGGGAGGUCUCCGUGGAUCUGGUGAUACCAGUGCCGCCAAGGCGGUGCGUGUGGAGGUGCCGUCGUCGGGCAACUUGGGUGGCACGGUGCGCCUCGUGUGCAGCGAGCCGGACGCCCAGCCCCCGCCCACCUACACCUGGACCCGGGGGGGCAACCUCAUCUUCCCCCAGACGCCGAACAACGACCCCCGCUUUGCCAACACCACCUACAGCCUCGACCCCACGGGGUCCGUGCUGACGCUGAGCUCCUUGACUCUGUCGGAUACCGGGGACUACUUCUGCACCGCGAGCAAUGAGGCCGGCACCCUCAAAUCCUCAACGGUCCACAUGUCCGUGUACCAGACGAACCAUGGAGCCAUCGCGGCCGCGGUCAUCAUCCCGCUGCUCAUCCUCUGCCUCAUUGCCAUCGCCCUCUUCUUCGCCUACCGCAAGGGUCACCUGCCCGUCGGCAAGAACAGGAAGCAGACCACCGUGCAGAAACCUCCAGCAGCCAUGGAGUACCUGUCUGUGGCGGACGAGGGCGACUUCCGACACAAGCCAUCGUUCGACCUUUAACUUCCAGCUCCCGACCUUCCCGACCUCCCGAAGCCCCCUCACCCUCUCACUCCACGGCUAGCGAGGGAAAUCCGUUUAUAAUCCGCUAAUGCCCCAAACGCCUCGCUACCCGCAAAGCAACAAAAAUAUAUCACGAAAAGUAACUUCAAAUCACGCUGGGGCCGAAGAGGCAUGGAAUCCGUUUUUGUAAGCGCGUACGCGAGCCCCGUCGAUUUUUUUUCUCUCUUUUUGUAUUUUUAUCGCCCGGCAUGUUUCAUUUUUAGGACUUAACGAUGAUGAUAAGUUUAUUAUGUAACCGCUUAACCCCCUUCCCCCCCCCCCCCCCGAACUAUAUUGAGAUGCGUUGGCCGCUUGCAUUGCCCCUUGUACCAUUUUAACACGUAGUAAGUAGCUGGCUUUCGCGACCAGUAUCCAUAACGGAGGGUGGCUGGCGGGUGAUGUUUUGGUUUAGGUCACGUGAAUCUAAAUGUGUCGUUGUCAAACCCGCCACCACCCGCCCGACCACGCAGCCAAAUCGGCAAAGGUUUGUCACGUUAACACAAGCGUGGCAAUUUGGUUACUGGCUGAGCACCCCCCGGCCCGGCUGUGUGUUUUACGGUUCGAACGCCGUGACGUUUCGCCCCACGGGUACAGCAACCGGCUUCGUCAGGUUGGAGGCAGAAUUGGAUGGUCCGCCCCCACAGUAUACCGCUCGCCUCUUUUGGCGUCCUCGUGCUCCGUAGC